AUGGUUGGUGUUACCUCAACUGAGAAGACAUAUUCUGUUGGGUUUGUAUUUCUUGAGUUUGAAAAAGAGGACAACUUUACUUGGGCGUUAGAGGUGUGUCAGACACUAUUGAAGGAUCAAGGUGAGAUGCCUAAAUCAAUUGUUACCGACUGCAAUACCGCAUUAAUGACUUUAGUUGCAAAGAUAUUUCCUUCUUCUAAUGCAUUACUUUGUAGGUAUCGCAUAACAAAAAAUGUGGGAAGUCAGGUUAAACCCGCGGUAGGGAAGAAACAAAUAGAGUCCGAAGAUGGAAAAAUAGUGAAGUUGGUCGGUAACAUUUCUCGGGCGUCUUUGAACUAUAUUUUUCACGAGGCUAAACGAGCUGAUAAUGUAGGAUCUGAUAGCGCAAAGUGUGAAUGCAAAAUUAUGAAAAUAUAUGGUCUUCCAUGUGCUUGUGUUACGGCUAAAAAAGUGAAACUUUGUGACCCAAUAAAUAUGAACGAGGUUUGCACUCAUUGGAAGAGACUUAGGUUUGAUGAUGAUAGUGUCAUGAAUGACGGUAAAUUGAAUAUCUUUAUUUUGAUCGAACGGGAAGUGAUACAAGAGAGAUUUUUGAAAGCCGAUGAUAACAUGAAACUCCACAUCAAAGAACAAUUGAGGAAGAUUUCCUAUCCGGAAACCACCGACAUGAAAUCGACCUCUCAACCGGUAAAAACAAAAGGUUCUCCGAAGAAAAUGAAGCCUAUACCGAAUGACAAUUCAACUACACGGUCUCCUUCAUAUUUUGAAUAUGUUGACAAAAAUUUUCUCGACUCAUCAACACCCAAAUCUCAAAAAAGUGUUGUCAUAGGAGCUCGCAUUAGCAAACCACCUCUGACGCCGCCUCAGCCAAAGAUUCCAUUCAUCGACGAGAUAUCGGUUUUUAUGCAUAAAUAUAUCGAACAAAUCGUCAAUGUUGUGAGGGAUGUUAAUUGUAGAUAUCGAGCUAUUUUGACUUUACUCGGUAAAGGAGAAGAUAGUCAUACACUUGUUUUCCAUCAACUUAUCCAAGAGUUGAGGACUCAUAAAGAAUUAUACACACGACUGUACGGAAAGAAAGAACACUUCGAUGAAGUUUAUAAGUAUAUUGUUCCUUGCCUUAGUGGACCGGAUCCGAAUACAAAAUGGACGCGCUUCCUUGAAAUGGAUCGCAUAAUAUCAUAUGCGUAUGAUAGAGCGUGUGUUGACCUGACACCCUACAGUUUUUCGGAAACCUUUUUCCCAAUGCGCACUGCCCCACCUCAAAAUCCAAAUGAUCAUAUCAUGUGUAUUGGAUGGCUUUCAAAAUGA